UCCGAGAGUUGGUGAUGGACAGGGGGGCCUGGUGUGCUGCGAUUCAUGGGGUCACAAAGAGUCGGACACGACAGAGCGACUGAACUGAACUGAACUGACACAAUAUCCUUUCUGUGUUGGUGCUUGUAUUUAAGACUGUAAAUCUCAUCAGCUUUUGCACAGUUAAUGUCUCUAUUAGACUCAUUAAAAAAGUAUCUUCUAUGGUUAAUAAAAUGUAAAGACUGCACCUGCUAUUAUGCUAGCUUUCAUUCUUACGUAUUUUCACAGGGAACUUGCUUUAAUGAAUUUAUUGUGAGAAGUUUUAAAUCAAAUUCUAUGUCAGGAUUUUACAUUAAUGUCCAAGAGGUGGUUAGAUUUGUUCAACGUUAAACUAGGUAUUAUGGUAACUUCCUCAUCAGUUAAAUUACUAAUUUAAAGUAUAACAUGUUUUUGAUUAAGAGAAACUAACUUAUAGAGAGAUUUGGCUGAGAAUAGACACCUGUUAAGGCCCUUUGUUGUACAGAAUGCUGUGCUUUAAUAAAUCAUGAUGUUGUAAUAGAAUGGUAUCUUCCUGAGUAAUAAUUUAUAGUGUUCCUCUAGUAAAUCUUGAAUAGCUUAUUUAACUUCUGUGGUCAAAAAAAAUGUUCUGCUUCCAGUCACAUUUCUCUAAAUCUUCAUGUCACUUACAUGUUUGCCAUCAUUUUUGCUUUACUGUAUUUGCCUCUACGGAUUCUUGAAAUUUUAGCUUCAAAGUCGCAAUGAAUCUGGUUUCUCUUCAUUUCUUUGCAUGCAUCUGUCAGCCUAGUGAUUUAAGGAAGCAGCGUCGAAAGGUAAACUAUUUAGUAAUUUAGCAGGCCUUUGUUUCUCUGUGAAGUAUUGAAGAGUCCUUAUCGUUUAACGUGAAUGAACACUGUGUGGUUAUGUCCUGGUGAAUAAUUGACGGUUUAAUGGAAGUGAUGAAACUCACCCACCACUUAAAAUGUGCUGAUGGUUCUGUUGGAAAUUGGUCAUUCGUUGGGACAAUUGUAACAGUGUGCCUUUCUCCCACUUGUUGGCCUUCUGAUCAUCUCAUGCUUGUUUAUAAUAGACAUAGUAUUAUUUAUUAUUUUUAAAAUGUUCUUUACUUAUGUUUUUGGCCAUGCUGCACAGCUUAUGGGAUCUUAGUUCCCCAACCAGGGAUCAGACCAGUGUCCCGGCAGUGAAAGUGCCAAGUCUUAACCUCUGGACCACCAUGGAAUUUCCACUUAGUGUUUUCUUAUAAGAAAUGACUGAAUCAGAGCCAUAGAUGUUAGAUUUGCGGGAAGCCAAUUUAAUGAUGGUGGGUAGCAGUGUGCAGGAGACUCUGUGUGCCGGGCACAUGCUUUCCGAGUCUGUCAUCUCAUCCCCAGGUGAGGUCCAGUCUACUGCUAUCCCCAUUCAGCAGACAUAGACACUGAGGCUUAGGGAGGCCGGGCACCCUGCCCAGGCUCUCACACCCAGCAGCGUGGUGCAGACUGGUCUGAUCAGAGCCUGGACACUUAAACAUGGUGCCAUCCAGCCACCUUUCCUCCAGAGGCUCUCGUGUCCAUCACGGCAUCCCUGAUGGAGGGAGCAUCAGGAGGGAGCUCUCUGCCUCUCCCCUCGGGUCACUUGGAUGAGCCCCUGUUGUUGGAGUCCAGUGCCCCAAGGGCUGGCCUUCCUUGUCCCUCUCCUGCUCCCAGCCCGCUGACCGAGCACUCCUGGGCCUUCCCGCAGGACUGGGGUGGCUGUGCUCCAGUUCAGGCAGCUCAGUGCCGGGGAGCCCUUCUGCUGGGCACAUCAGACCAGCGCCGUCCCCCUGGGGUUGGUGACCUGGGUGUGCCGCUCGCCUGCUCUGUGGCCUGCUUUGCCCUCCUGUUAAGUGGACACGGUGCUGCCCAUCCUGGCCACGUGGGCACCAGUGGUGUGGCUCCCAUCCUGGGGGAGGGCAGCCAGGCUGUGGACCCAGAGGCCUUCCUCAGGAGGAGGCCCGGGGGAAGGGGCUGGCCAAAGUCCCUGACUUUGAGGCAGGUGUUUGUCUCCACUGAGUCCAUAGUCAACCCAGGUGUGUCACUUCCCUGCUCUGUUCGUUGCUGUUUUCUGAUUUUUAUAAAUGCUUAUUUUAACUUGAAUUUGAGAUUGAUCCCUGUUCAGUUCCAUGUGGAAAAUUUCUAGCCUUUGUAGCCUUCUGUUGUCUGAGGGUUCUUGUUAGAGCUCAGGGGAGGGAGCCCAGUUUAUCCAGCUGCUGUUAAACGAGUUCAGCUGCAUUUUGCACUGUCACUUUGUUGUCACCAAGCUCCCGUGGGACUGCACAGGAUCAGUAUUCUUUACAGAAUCCCACUAAAAAGGCACAGGUUAGUUGGUUAAAACAGCACACUCAUUGUUUAUAAAAAUACAUGCCAUGCAUGUCUCCUAAAACCUCCCCUGGCUUAACCACACACCCAGAUGUAUGAGUGAGACCUGUCUGGACCCUGAGGGGUUAAUCUGUCCCCACACUGUUGCCACCACUGUCUUUCCUGUCCUCACACCCAGGACCAGCAGAAAAGCUGGGAGUCCAGGAGAGAUCAUCUCUCUUUUUGUUUUUUUUAAUUCGUUUGUUUUUUAGCUGAAAGAUAAUUGCUUUACAGAAUUUUCUUUUCUGUCAAACCUCAACAUGAAUCAGCCAUAGGUACCCAUAUAUCUCCUCCCUUUUGAACCUCCCACCCCUCUAGGGUGAUACAAGAUCAUCUCUUAGUGAAGACCAGGGGGUGCUUUAUGGAAACCACUGUGAGCGAAUGACACUCGAACUGCCUCUGCCAGCUUUACGGGAAGAGGUAGGAGAUGACAAGACCGCCAUCAAAUGUGAAACCUCGACCCUCGCCUGGCCGCGGUCCCUUCGGCUGGGCCGCCUGCACACGGGGGCGCUGCGCACAGCCACCCACGAGGACCUCAGGGACGCCCACAACUCGACAGGCUCUCAGGACAACCCCGGGAACAACCCCAGCAGCAGCACCAGCAGGCAGGACUCGCUGCACAAAGCCCCAAAGAAAAAGGGCAUCAAUCAAGUCCUCCAUCAGCUGCUUGUUUCGCAAGAAGGAAAAGGGCCGGCUGAACACCCCAACAAGGAGGCAUUAGGACCAGGUGGGUGCUUCACCGUUCAGAGGGAGGAGGGCCUGCAGGCAUCUCCCUUCUGUGUCUCCCCUGUUGUCCCCACGAGGCUCCAGUCACUCACGCUGGGAGUCCUCCUGGGAGCAGGAGCGGAAGAGGGGUCUGUCUUCUCAAUGAGUCUGAGAUGAUCAGAUGAGUUAACGAGUGGAUGGAUGGAUUGAUUAGUGAGUGGUGGAUGGAUGAACAGAUGGCUGGCUGGCUGGGUGGAUGGACGGAGCAUGGAAUGAAUAAAGCAGAUGAUUGUACUCCAAUGCUAGAAACAUAUUGUACGAAAUUGAUUGAAUAGGAGCUGGGCAAUGAUUGUUUCCUCCUAACAGUGACACGUGUUUGGAAACUGCCUAAGUGCUCAUCAGUGAGGGGUGAAGUACAAUCUGUGGACACCCCAAAAGGAAUAGCCCGCCCUCCUUCCUGCCACCUUCCCCAUCCCAGGAGCUCAUCAGGGGUUCUGCCCAUGCCCCCACCCCACCCCACAGCCACACAGGUCCUCCUGGGGUCCCCUCAUCACACAGGGUUAUCACUAGGCCCUCAUCUCACUUGGCUUCAUCUUCUUGAAGACAGGAUAUGUUCCUGCCUCUUCAGCCACAAAUUUGUUGAGUCUUAUUUGUGCUGGGUGUGGGAUUUACAGGGGUAAGUAAAGCAGAUGUGAUCUGGAGCACAGUUAAGUGACAAGAGAGAAAAAGGAGCAGGUUAUUAAAUGCGAUCCCUAUUAUUAAUAUAUACAACGCUGCGAUGGAUGGUGCAUUGAUUAUAUACCAGAUGCUGUGUGUGCCCCUUCCCAAGCAGGUGUUGCCCCCUCACAAUUUACAGAGGAGGACACGGUGAACGGUCACACGGUCAGGGAGUGGUGAGGGCAGGUUCACACCCACGCAGCGGGACCAGGCAUUUUGCCAAACCACAGCCACCUCUCUGGUGGAUGCCACCGGAAUGAGAUGGUUCUAUGGCAUGAUGAUUCAAUGGACGUAAGUUGGAGCAAAUUCCAGGAGAUAGUGAAGGACAGGAAAGCCUGGAGUGCUGCAGUCCACAGAGUGGCAAAGAGGGGGACACACCUGAGUGGCUGAACUAAAACCUGAGUGUGUGCUAACUUGCUUCAGUCGUGACUGACUCUGAGACCCCAGGGACUGUAGAACACUAGCUCCUCUGUCCAUGGGAUUCUCCAGGCGAGAAUACUGGAGUGGGUUGCCAUUUCCUUCUCCAGGGGAUCUUCCCGACCCAGGGAUCAAACCCCAGUCUCCUGCGGGCGGAUGCCUUGCCAUCUAAACCAGGACACUGCUAAUUCCCUAGGCAAAAUACAAAGAAAAGAGCUCAUGUUCUACCAAGUGGAAAGAUGAUUUAAGAAACAGAAGGUGUCCUUUGUUGGUAUCUUUGAAUCUUUCUUUAGAUUUCGUUGAUUUUUACUAUUAAGCGUACUUGAACAAGGCAAGAGAGAAACCCCAGAACUGAAAAGCAAUUGACUUUUUUGAAAGAAACCUGUGCAGGUUAAGCACUCUUCGUUUUUGAGAGAUGGUGAAAUGCAAAAUCUUGAUUCAACACAUAUGACUUUGGUGAACUUUAUUUCAAAUCUCCAUGAUGAACCCUAAGGCGUCCAGGAAGAAAGGAGUAGAGCGGGAGACAAAAAGAGCAACCUUUCCCCUUGGCGCCAUCCCAACCAGCUGCUUAGUUCCUUCAUCUCAUGGACUACCAUCUGGGCUUAUCUG